CCUGUCUCCGCUCACGUGGAGUUCUGACCCGUUCUGUCCGCGUGCUGGCAGACUUGACGGAACGAGCCAGACAGUCAACGACACUCACAUCUUAACUGCCAGCGGUGUGGGUCUGGGGCAUCCACCGGUUUAUUAUAUUUAUUCAUACCGAAUAGAUCAAACUAGCUAGCAAGCAAAGUUGCGAUCUAACCAGAGGUGUUGUCAUAUACGUUUAGCCGACCAAAUCAAACAUUUAGGCGCAUAUUUCCCGGUACGAAAGCCCUUCUGUACAGUACAGUAAGGGCGAACCUUGGCGAAAUACACGUUUGUUUUUGAACAAUAACAUUUCAAAGCAUCAGAUCUUGGUGAGAUUUUGGACAAGCCAAGAUGUCAGAGGAACUGGAGCACAUUCUCUCUCAGCUCACUCAACCUGACAAUACGAUUAUUCAGCAGGCUACGGCGCAGCUGAAACAAGCUUUUAAAGACCCAGCCAUCAUCCCUGCAUUAUGUGCUGUCAUGACCGGUUCACAGAACCCACAGAUCCGCCAAUCAGCUGCGGUGAUGUUGAGGAUGAGGGUGAAGAAACACUGGAAGAAGAUCAGCCCUGAUCACAGAGAGAGUCUGAAGGCAGUGGUACUGCAGGCUUUCACCCAGGAGACAGAGCAUGCGGUGCGCCACUCCCUGUCCCAGCUGAGCGCUGUGCUGGUGAAGCACGAGAGCCCAGACCGCUGGCCUGCCCUGCUGGAUCUGCUCAACCAGUCCACCAGCUGCAACAACCCGCACGACAGACAGGUUGGCCUCCUCCUCCUCAGUAAAGUGGUGGACUCGAACCCGGAGCCCUUCAAGCCGCACUACCGCCAACUGCUGCAGCUGUUUGGCACCGUGCUGCAGGACCUGAACAACCCCACCGCCAUGUAUUACUGCAUCCUCACCCUCACCUCCAUGACGGCCUACACAGGCACCGAGGAGAUGAAUCUCAUGCGCUCCCUGGUUCCCAAACUGAUCACUGCUCUCAAACACCUCAUCAAGGCUGAUCAGGACCAGGCCAGCGAGGCCAUGGAGGUGUUUGAUGAGCUAAUGGAGAGUGAAGUGUCCAUCAUCGUCCCUCACAUCAACGACAUUGUCCACUUCUGUCUGGAGGUGAGUGCUGACACCACUCUCAGUGACUCUCUGCGUGUGAAGGCUCUCUCCUGCAUCGCUUUCCUCAUUCGGCUCAAAAGCAAGACGGUGCUGAAGCAGAAGCUGCUGAAUCCCAUCCUGCAGACAGUGUUUCCUGUGCUGAGCGCAGCGCCCCCUCCUGGCCAGGAGGACCCAGAGGACGAGGAGAACGAUGACGAAGACGAUGUGGAUAACGAGAGUCCCAAACACUUUGCUGCUCAGGUGAUUGAUACCAUGGCCCUCCACAUGCCGCCAGAGAAACUGUUUCAGCAGCUGAUGCCCCUCACACAGGCGUGCCUGGCCAGUGACAAGCCGUAUGAGAAGAAGGCAGGCCUGAUGUGUCUGGCUGUGCUGGCCGAGGGUUGUGCUGACCACAUCCGCACCAAGAUGCUGUCGUCCAUGCUGCAGACAGUGUGCCAGAGUCUGUCAGACAGUAACCAGGUGGUUCGCAGUGCUGGGCUCUUCGCUCUGGGACAGUUCUCUGAGCACCUGCAGCCGGAGGUGAGUAAGUACUCUGCAGAGCUGAUGCCCCUGCUGCUGGGGUACAUGUCAGGCCUGAACCAGGCCAAGAUCGGACACGUCACCAAGGCCUUCUACGCCCUGGAGAACUUCCUGGAGAACCUGGGGGAGGAGAUCCAGCCCUACCUGCCCACCCUGAUGGACACCAUGCUGUCUGCUCUGAACCAUGCUGACAACCUGAAGCUCAAAGAGCUGGCUGUCUCUGCUAUAGGAGCCAUAGCUAAUGCUGCUAAGGAGCUGCUGGUGCCCUACUUCCUGCCUGUCAUCGACAGUCUGAAGGGCUUCCUGACUGACACCCGGGACGAGAUGCGCUCCCUGCAGACGCAGGCCCUGGACACCCUGUCGGUGCUGGCUCGCACCGUGGGCCAGGACGUGUUCAGCCCCCUGGCUGCAGAGUGUGUCCAGCUGGGCCUCAACCUCAUCGACGCCGUGGACGACCCAGACCUGCGACGCUGCACGUACAGCCUGUUCUCUGCUGUGUCCAGUGUCAGUCCAGCCUGCCUCAGCCCCCACCUCACCACCAUCACCACCACCAUGCUGCUGUCUCUCAGGUCCACCGAGGGAGUCACGGCUCACCUGGAGGAGGACAAGCAGUUUGUCCUGCUGGACGAUGAUGAUGAUGAUGACGAGGGAGACGCCAUCUUGGAGGAUGAAGCUGAGACAGAUGGACGAGACGUUUCAGGGUUCAGUGUGGAGAACGCCUACAUCGAUGAGAAGGAGGAUGCCUGCGACGCCCUGGGAGAGAUGGCCUUCAACAUAGGAUCUGCCUUCCAGCCGUUCCUGGAGUCCAGCUUCCAGCAGGUGUUCCAGCUGCGUGAUUUCCCCCAUGAGGACGUGCGCAGGGCAGCCUAUGGGGCCAUGGGCCACUUCUGCAAAGCUCAGCACAAAGUCUGGCAGGAGAACCCUACUGAGGCCAACCAGCAGGCCCUGCAGAAGCUGCUGGAGGUGGCUCUGCCCAGCUUCCUGGAGGCGGUGCAUGCGGAGCGGGAGCGGCAGGUGGUGAUGGGCGUGCUGGAGGCCAUGAACGGUGUGCUGAAGGCCUGCCAGGGGGAGGCGCUGCGGAGCCCUGGGAGGCUGCAGGAGAUCAGCCACGCCAUCAGAGACGUGCUGAAGAAGAGGACCACCUGUCAGGAUGGAGGAGGAGGAGAUGAAGCUGAUGAUGACGAGCAGCAGGCAGAGUAUGACGCCAUGCUGCAGGAGUUUGCAGGCGAGGGCAUCCCCCUGCUGGCAUCAGCCGCCCCGGCAGAGCACUUCUGGCCCUUCCUCAACGAGCUGCUGCCCCUCAUCACCAACAAGGCCAAGAGCUCAUGCACGGUGGCAGACCGCUCCUUCUCUGUGGGCACGCUGGGAGAGACCCUGCAGGCCCUGGGGGGCGUGGCCGGGGGCCAGGCUGUGGCCGGCCGGCUGGCCAAUCGUCUGCUGCCGGUCCUGGUGGGCGGGGUGAGGGACAGCGAUCCUGAGGUGCGCAACAACAGCGUGUUUGGACUGGGAGCCCUGGCCCAGGCUGCAGGACCCCUCGUCACACAAGACUACCCCAUGAUGCUGUCUCUGUUCUCCAACCUGCUGGCCAAGGAGGCCGACCGCAGGGUCAUCGACAACCUGUGUGCUGCCCUAUGCAGGAUGAUCCUGAGCAACCGGGAGGUCGUUCCUCUGGAGCAGGUGGUUCCUGCGCUGGUGGGCCGUCUGCCUCUGAAGGAAGACCUGGAGGAGAACAAGACAGUGUACAGCUGCCUGGCCAUGCUGUACACCCACAGCCCCGCACUGAUCGUGAGCCAGAUGAAGGCCAUAGUGGCGGCCUCCAGCCAGGUCCUGGGAACCAAGCAGCUCGACGCAGAGAGCCAGGCCACCCUGGUCGUGAUGCUGCGUGACGUCGCCCAGCGCCACGCUGCCGAGCUCCAGGGCGCCAUGACAUCACUUCCUGCCGAGCAGAAGACACGGGUGACGGCAGCCAUCGCACAGUCAUAGCACAGACAGUCUUCCACUCCUUCGUAAAAGCCAGAAUACAUCAAACACACUCAAAGAAGAGGGACAGGGUGACAUCGACAUUUGGCCAAAUUCCUGCAAACUCCAAAAGCACUGCAAGGUUGCAAUUUAUCAACUUGUAAUAUGAACUUUUUAAUUUAUAUUGUCUGUUUUCUGUGUGAAGUAUUAUUUUAACAAGACAUUUGGUUUCAUGACCAACCUGUAUUGUAUUUGUCUGUUUAUUUUAAUUUCUGGUCUGUUUCUUGCUGUCCCCCCUCACUGACCGAGAGAUUGAUCUCUAUUCACUGCUGUCCCCUUUUUAAAACUAAUGUGAUUAACAUCUGGCUUUGUUGAAGUGUGAAGCAAUGAACUGAAACUCAUAAAUGCCUUUUUCUCAGA